UUAACCUUAUAGUGGUAUCUUAAAACUAGGAAUAAAUCCAAAUAUAGAUUGCGAUUAAUUAUCUUGCUUUGAAUAAUCCGAGCCUGCAUGCUUAUUGUCCUUUUCUUCAGUUUUUGGGAGGAAAGCUAAUGGCACUUAGAUUGUUUAUGUGUUAUGUGUUAAUCAACUCCAAUUUACAGUUUUUAUCCACAUAAUAUUAAACACCUGUCCCGUGUGCUUAAUAUUAAUAAAACUAUGGUUGCUAGGGAUGUUUGUGAGCAUGAAAAAUCAUUAUGGAAAAACACUACUCUUGGAGAACAAAAAUAUUUAAAUAUCUUAAAAACUACUGACUUUGAAGUGCUUAGCUUUUAGUUGAAUCAUAACUUGAGAAUGACCAAGGGAAUUAUGCUGCUUAUUUCUUUAUUUAAAAAGCUUGAAACAAAACAGCAGGUUUUCUAUCAGUUUUCUGUGAGUAGGGCUAUCGGUGUAGGUUGCCCUAAGGCACUUUGUACCACUUUGUAAACUGCUUUGCAAACUUUCUGAUGGAAAGCAAUAUAUAAAUACUUCAAAUAAAUAAAUAAAAAUAUGGACAUGACAUAGUGUUGAUAGCCAAUUAUAUUCUGGUGACGUGAUUCAGUGGGAGCCAAAGAAGCCAGGGGAUGGUCAGAAGAGAUGAUUCAUCUGAAUAUUCUCCUUCCCCCAUUCUCUGUAUGAAAAUUCAUAUCUGUGUAUGGAAAAAAAACCACACAGUUUGAGUGUGACAGAGGAGACACAAAGCAGAGUCUGGGCUCUGCAAGCAUCUUAGGGUGUUGGCUGUCUCCCUGAAGAUCUGCUCAUAAACCCAUGCCAAGAAGAUGGAAGGAAAUGAGGGCACUGAUGAAGAUCAUCUCACUGGCUAUGCUGUUCAGUUUAGCAUCCAGGAGUCCCUUGAAAGUGCAAGGAGCCAGCAAACUUCUUCCCCUGAUCAUGAAGCAAGGUUUCUACCAGUCAGCGAUCAAAACAGGAAGCUUGUGGCUGCUAUAAGAGAAGGUCGAGUAUCUGAGCUUCAAGACUAUGUGAAAUACAAAUAUGCUCUGGAUGAGGCUGAUGAGAGAGUUUGGUUUCCGUUACAUGAAGCUGCUGCUCAGCCAAUUCAGCAGAUACUUGAAGUAAUCUUGGAUGCGUCUUACAAAGCAAUGUGGGAAUAUAAAACAUGCGAUGGAGAGACACCGUUGACGUUGGCAGCCAAAUCUCGCCAUGCAGGAAAUGUCAGGACACUGUUGGAAAAGGGGGUCUGGCCCAAUACCACUAACCGGAAAGGAGAGACUCCUCUUCUGAUUGCAACAAAACAGGGCUCGUAUGAAAUGGCUUCCAUUCUGAUUGAAUUCAAUUGCACCGUCAAUCAGCCGUGUGUAAAACGUUGGUCGGCAAUGCACGAAGCUGCGAAACAGGGUCGCAAUGACAUCAUUGCUCUGCUGCUGAAGAAUGGCGGCAACGUGCACCUAAGAGAUGGAUUUGGAGUGACUCCUUUAGGUGUAGCUGCUGAAUACGGCCACUGUGAUGUGCUGGAGCAUCUCAUUCAUAAAGGUGGCGAUGUUUAUGCUACAGCUGAUGAUGGCUCAUCCAUAUUGUUUGAAGCAGCUGGAGGUGGCAAUCCAGACUGCAUAACUUUGCUGUUGGAAUAUGGGGGAGACGGUAAUUUGCCUAAUAAGGCAGGGCAGCUGCCUAUACACAGAGCAGCGUACGAGGGGCAUUAUUUGGCCCUGAAAUUCCUCAUUCCCGUGACAUCCCAAACUGCAAUCCGGAAAAGCGGGCAAAGUCCCAUCCACUCGGCGGCAGAUGGCCAAAAUCCACAGUGCCUGGAACUCCUCAUUGAAAAUGGUUUUGAUGUCAACGCCACCCUGGCAGAGCACAUUUCUAAAAGUUACGACGACGAAAGGAAAACGGCGCUUUACUUUGCUGUUUCCAACAACGACAUUCUGUCCACUGAAGUAUUACUGCAAGCUGGCGCAGACCCAAAUAAAGACCAUCUCAACUGCCUCCUCGUGGCCGUGAGAGCUGGCAACCACGAAAUCGUCAGGUUGCUUCUUUCUUACGGAGCAAACGUCAACUGCUACUUUAACCUUGUGAAUGACACCCAUUUCCCCAGCGCUAUUCAGUACGCCUUGAAUGACGAGGUGAUGCUAAGGCUGCUGCUGAAUCAUGGAUACCUUGUGGAUCUGUGUUUUGACUGCAUGCAUGGGGACAUCUUUGGAAAUUCUUUCGUAUGGUCAACUCCGGAGGAAGAGGUGUUACCAGGAUGGACAUCUUGUGUCAUUAAAGAUAAUCCAUUCUGUGACUUUAUCACCGUUCCUUGGAUGAAACAUUUAGUAGGACCCAUCGUUCGUAUUUUGAUAGAUUACAUGGAUUAUGUUCCCCUUUGCACAAAACUUAAGUUUGUUCUGGAGACCCAGAAAGAAUGGGCAGAGAUCCAGCAGAUAUUAGAGAAUCCUCGCCCGCUAAAGCAUUUGUGCCGCCUGAAAAUACGUAAAUGUAUGGGACUGGAGGGGACACAGAAGCCGCGGUCCAUGAACAGGCUUCCUGUUCCACCAGUUCUUAAAGCCUAUAUCCUCUACAAAGAGUAUGAUCUUUAUGGAAGGGACCUACAUUUGCCGUGAUUUGCAGAAUCCAGACAUUAACUCAUUUACUUGGAAGUUAAAUUUGGAGUAACCAUAAGGGUGCCAGAAUGGUGAACUAUGGCUUUGGAUCCAGAAGAGACCUUCUGCUUUCUUGCAUGUUGUGUGAGGCAAGUGAAACUAAAUUCAAAUAUGUUCUUCAAAAAUAUGAGAGCUGCUGUCACGUGUUAAUCCCUUAUAGCACUGUGUGAACUCUUGCACAAACUCCACAAACUUAGUUUCACUCGUGGUUCCUUGGCACCAACAUUCCUUCCCUCCUCCCCGCCCCCCCGCAGUAUUUCUACGAAGCCAUAUAAAUUUGUGCUCUUCCCGUGAUACAAAUAACUGCCUCUCUCAAUACAUAUUGCAGUUAAAUUCUGUAUAUUUUCACAUAUCCAUCCUACAACGCAGUUAUAUUUUCUUUCCUUUUUAAAAAAUAGAAAUAAAAAUUGAACCUGAUCU